AUAAAAAUGACACAGUCGAGCUCAGAUGCCACUCAACGCAUUGCUCGAAUCUCCGCCCAUCUCGACCCCCAAAAUCUCCAGAUGGACGAUGCCGGAGCUCUCCGGCGACUGAGCUGCCGCGCCAAGGGUGGCGCGUCGGGCUUCAAAGUCGCGAUUCUCGGCGCGGCCGGCGGUAUAGGCCAGCCUCUGGCUUUGCUGAUGAAGAUGAACCCUCUCGUCUCCGUCCUCCAUCUAUACGACGUCGUUAACACCCCCGGCGUCACCUCUGACGUCAGCCACAUGGACACCGGCGCCGUGGUGCGAGGGUUUCUAGGGCAGCAGCAGCUGGAGGAGGCUCUGACCGGAAUGGAGCUGGUGAUAAUUCCGGCCGGUGUGCCUCGGAAACCGGGGAUGACUAGGGAUGAUUUGUUUAACAUCAAUGCCGGAAUUGUGAGGACGCUUUGUGAAGGAAUUGCAAAGUGUUGUCCUAAUGCUGUGGUUAACCUGAUCAGCAAUCCGGUGAACUCUACGGUUCCUAUUGCUGCUGAGGUGUUCAAGAAAGCCGGGACUUUCGACCCGAAGCGGCUUUUGGGGGUUACUAUGCUUGAUGUUGUUAGGGCCAAUACUUUUGUGGCAGAGGUUCUGGGACUUGAUCCUAGGGAAGUUGAUGUUCCUGUUGUUGGUGGUCAUGCAGGGGUUACCAUUUUGCCACUUCUGUCUCAGGUUAAACCCCCAUGCUCUUUCACCCCGAAGGAAGUUGAUUAUCUAACUGAUCGCAUUCAGAAUGGUGGAACUGAGGUUGUUGAGGCAAAAGCUGGAGCUGGUUCUGCAACAUUAUCAAUGGCAUAUGCUGCUGUUAAAUUUGCGGAUGCAUGCCUUCGUGGCUUAAGAGGGGAUGCAGGUGUUGUUGAAUGUGCAUAUGUCGCUUCUCAGGUGACUGAACUUCCCUUCUUUGCAUCCAAAGUACGGCUUGGCCGUACUGGAGUUGAGGAAAUACACCCCCUUGGCCCCCUGAAUGAGUAUGAGAGGGCUGGCUUGGAGAAGGCAAAGAAAGAACUAGCAACAAGUAUACAGAAGGGGGUUUCUUUCAUCAGAAAAUGAUCAGGUACUGCUGGUGCUUAUACAAUACAGAUGGACCCAUUCAUACUCUUUUCUCUAGAACACGGUGACUCAAAAUAAACAGAGGAUAAACUGCUGCAAAACUUCUCUACAACACCUUGAUGUAAAAAGAGCAUGACAAGAGGUUUUGAAUUGUGCUGUAGCUUGUAUGGUACUAGAACGAAUUCCUUGAAAUAAAAAUAGAUGAAGGCAGGAUUUUUUUUU